AUGGAUCCUUUAUACUUUUCCAACACGUUCAGCACAGAAGCUGGUUCCAACGAUGUGAAUUCCUCCCUGCUGACCAAUGUGACAGAGAACGGGACGCUCUCAGAGCAACCCUCCUUCAAGUACAUCCACAAAGUUCUGAUUCCCAUCUGUUACCUCCUGGUAUGUGCAGUGGGGCUCAGUGGCAACACCUUGGUCAUUUACGUGGUCUUGCGCUACGCCAAGAUGAAGACUGUCACCAACAUCUACAUCUUGAACUUAGCUGUGGCUGAUGUCCUCUUCAUGCUGGGCCUGCCCUUCCUGGCCACCCAGAAUGCCAUCUCCUAUUGGCCUUUUGGCUCCUUCUUGUGCAGGCUGGUUAUGACCGUGGAUGGUAUUAACCAGUUCACGAGUAUUUUUUGUUUGACUGUGAUGAGCAUGGACCGUUACCUGGCCGUGGUUCACCCCAUUAAAUCAACCAAGUGGAGACGUCCCAGGGUGGCCAAGCUCAUCAGUGUGACUGUCUGGACCUUCUCCUUCUUGGUGGUGCUUCCAGUUAUCAUCUUCUCAGACGUGCAGGAAGACUUUCAAACCUGCAACAUGAACUGGCCAGAGCCCGUCAACAUCUGGUCGGCGGCGUUCAUCAUUUACACAUCAGUCCUUGGGUUUUUUGGGCCUUUGUUGGUGAUCUGUCUCUGCUACUUGUUGAUCGUGAUUAAAGUCAAAUCCUCGGGGAUUCGAGUGGGGUCUACGAGGCGCAGGAGAUCGGAGAGGAAGGUGACCAGGAUGGUGGUGAUCAUUGUGGUGGUCUUUGUGUUUUGCUGGCUCCCGUUUUACAUGAUGAACAUUGUCAAUUUGAUAUUUAUACUGCCAGAAGACCCUGUGUUGGUCGGGGUCUACUUCUUUGUGGUGGUCCUGUCCUAUGCAAACAGCUGUGCCAACCCCAUUCUUUAUGGAUUUCUUUCUGACAACUUCAAGCAGAGUUUUCAGAAAGUCCUUUGCCUUCGGAAGGGCAACGGUGUAGAGGAUGGUGACCCCAUUGAACACAGGCAAGAGAACAGCAGCCGCUUGCAGGAGUCAAUGUUAACCCAGAGAAAUAUUGAAUUCAAUGGACACAUGCAGACUAGCAAGGUGUGA